UGACGCUAUUGGGGAAGAGCUGCUUCCGGCCACGAUGGCCGCGCCCCCGUCGAGGGCUGGGCUUCUCUGGCUCGCUCUCUCGGCUGCUCUGGAGGGUCUGGCGGGAUUGGUAAACUACCUCUGAUGAAACCAUGACCAGAUGGGCUAGAGUUACUACCACACAUAAUAAGAGACCCUUGUCUGCAACAUCAUGGGAGGACAUGAAAAAGGGGUCUGUGGAGGGAGCAAACCAAAGCCCUCCUAAAUAUCAACAGCUUGAAGCCAAUAGGCUGGCCCUUAAAAAAGAUGUACCCCAAGCAAAACAUAAAAAGAAAAAGAAAAAAGAGUACUUAAAUGAAGAUGUGAAUGGAUUCAUGGAAUACCUAAGACAGAACUCACAGAUGGUCCACAAUGGGGCAGUGAUAGCACCGGACAGUGAAGAAGUAAGGGAAGAGAUUGCAGUUGCUUUAAAGAAAGACUGUCGACGGGAGGGAAGACGAUUAAAAAGACAAGCAGCAAAGAAAAAUGCAAUGGUUUGUUUCCAUUGUAGAAAACCGGGCCAUGGAAUUGCUGAUUGCCCAGCUGCUCUUGAAAAUCAGGAUAUGGGCACUGGAAUAUGUUACCGCUGUGGGUCCACAGAGCAUGAGAUAACCAAGUGCAGAGCUAAGGUAGACCCUGCUCUGGGUGAAUUUCCUUUUGCAAAAUGUUUUGUUUGUGGGGAGAUGGGGCACCUGUCCAGAUCCUGUCCUCACAAUCCCAAAGGAGUCUACGCUGAUGGUGGUGGUUGUAAACUUUGUGGCUCUGUGGAACAUUUUAAGAAAGAUUGCCCUGAAAAUCAGAAUUCAGAUCGAAUAGUCACAGUUGGUCGCUGGGCAAAGGGAAUGAGUGCAGACUAUGAAGAAGUUUUGGAUGUGCCAAAACCACAGAAACCGAAAGCAAAAACACCCAAAGUUGUUCAUUUUUGAGAACAAUUAGCACUGAUGUUAAUUAUCACCUCAUUGUUACUUUCCAAGUUAGAGCUGGGCUCCUUCAGGCAAUCCUGUAUUGUAGGCACGAAGCUGAACUCCAUGGAGUCAAGUGUCCUGUGUUCUAUCAAGAAGUACUUCUGCCACAUUGGGAGAAAAA